UGGCUUUCUCGUGUGCAGAUGAGACAUGGGUCAGAUUCUGGGUUUAGUGCAGGUUGAUCAGUCAACUGUAGCCAUCAAAGAAACUUUUGGCAAGUUUAACGAGGUCCUGGAGCCUGGUUGCCACUUCUUACCGUGGUGCAUAGGACAGCAGAUUGCUGGUUACCUCUCCUUGCUUGUGCGACAACUGUGGAUGUCCGCUGUGAAACAAAGACAAAGGCUUUCUCCAGAUAAUGUCUUCGUCACUGCUGUUGCAUCUGUGCGAUACCGUGCUCUUGCUGAUAAGGCAUCUGACGCCUUUUACAAACUAAGCAACACCAGGGAACAAAUCCAGUCCUAUGUACUUGAUGGCAAUGUCUACGUACGGCUAUGAGAUUGUGAAAACACUUAUUGUUGAUAUUGAGCCUGACGACCGUGUCAAGAGAGCAAUGAACGGGAUCAAUGCUGCUGCUAGAAUGAGGGUGGCCGCCAACGAGAAAGCUGAGGCUGAGAAGAUACUCCAGAUCAAGAAAGCCGAAGGAGAGGCAGAGUCCAAGUACCUGGCUGGCGUGGGUAUUGCAAGGCAGUGUCACGCUAUAGUGGAUGGGCGUCAAGCCUCUCACGGUGCUAACAGUCAGUUGAAUUUGGUUUCACUGAACCGGGUUCAAAGCACAAUAUUCUUUUAAUGAAAUUCUAGAGGGACAUCCUCCUCUUGAUGCUCAUUUUUUUUAGUGGAUGGGCUGAGAGACAGCAUGCUCGCCUUCUCAGAGAACGUCCCUGGGACCACUGCAAAGGAUAUUAUGGACAUGGUCCUGGUUACCCAGCACUUCGACACCAUGAAGGAGACUGGGGCCUCCUCCAAGUCAUCUUCGGUGUUCAUCUCCCAUGGUCCUGGAGCCGUCAAAGAUGUCGCAGCGCAGAUAAGAGAUGGUCUUCUGAAGUCCAAUGUGCAGUGAGAUUACCGUGGGAUGAAGGAUUGCUUUUGUUUUGCAAAGCAGUGUUAAGUCCUGCAUUUUAUCCUAGAAACAUUGUGUGAGAGAAAUGUUAGGGAAAGAGUUAUAGUACUUCCUGAGAUGCAUGUACACGUCCAUAAAGUUGUGAAUUAUAUGAUAUCGUUAGACUUCAUGGAUUGCAACUCAAAGUACAUAUUUCUGUAAAAAGAAUUAGUCUACUAUCUUGAUUAGAGUUAUUUGCGCGUGA